UAGUUUUAUUUGUGUCCCUUUUUCAUCUCGCGCGCCUUAAAAGCUCCUUAGGGGCUCUUCGCCGCUUCCAGUCAUGGCGCUGGCGCAGCCCAGGGACCUGGAGCAGUCCUUGGCUCUGGGCAGGAGGAGGCACAGCGAGCUGUGCCGGCAGAAACGGAUCUUCGACGCCAGGAGCAGGAUCAUGGGGGGAGACACAGAAGCCUGGGAUCUUCAGGUUCAUGACCAGAAAAUAAAAGAAGCAACUGAAAAAGCUAGGCAUGAAACUUUUGCUGCUGAAAUGAGGCACAAUGACAAAAUCACGUGCAUAUUAGAAGGCCGGGAAAGGAGGGAUAAGAAAAGCCUCUGUAAAGCCAUCAAUGAGUUCCAGCAGCACUUCCAGAGGCCAGAAACGCGCCGUGAAUUUGACCUAUCAGACCCCCUAGCCCUUAGGAAAGACCUUCCAGCUAGGCAGUUGGAUAACGAUAUCCGGAAUACGGUAUCAGGAAUGCAGAGAUUCAUGGGAGAGGAUUUAAACUUCCGCGAGAGGAAGAAAUUCCAGGAGGAACAAAACCGAGAAUGGUCCUUGCAGCAGCAGAGGGAGUGGGAGAAUGCCCGUGCCCAGCACAGAAGUGCAGAGGAUCUCUGCUUGAAGACAAGGCUGCAGUUUGAUGAAACAGCCAAGCAUUUGCAGAAUCUGGAAAGCACCACCAGAAAGGCAGUUUGCGCAGCCGUGAAAGAAUUCAACAAGAGCCAGGCCACCGAGUCACUGGAAAGGAAAAUCCGAGAGAAGAAACAGGAACAAGAAGACAGCCUGGCUGAGAUCUCCAACCUGCUGCGUGGAGACCUGCUCUCAGAGAACCCGCAGCAGGCAGCCAGCUCCUUCGGGUCACACCGCGUGGUCCCUGACCGCUGGAAGGGCAUGACCGAGGAGCAGCUGGAGCAGAUCCGCUUGGUCCAGAAGCAGCAAGUCCAGGAGAAGCUGAGGCUUCAGGAGGAAGAGCGGCAGCGGGACAUGGACUGGGACCGUCGGAGGGUACAGAUGGCGCGCGCCGCUCUGCUCUCAGAGCGCCAGCAGCAGCGCCAACGGCGCGACCUGCGCAGGGCUCUGGACUGCAGCAACCUCAGCCUGGCCAAGGAGCAGCGCGUGCGGAAAAAAUAUAUGGAGGAAGUCUGUACAAAUCAACCCACUAAAGAUUAUUUCAUGCAAUUUAAUACAAGAAGUCGGUAAUAGGAGAGACACCCUUUAUGCCUAAAAUGCAGUAGCU